CCCGCACAAGAGCGCCGGGCCCAACAGGAGGCAGAGGCUGCGGCUAAGCACCGGAACCGUAGGUGACCCCGAGCACGCGUACCGUAAACCCCAUCCGAAGGCGAACCCUCAAAGGUCGGAGCCAUCAUGUCUUCUAGAAGAACGACGCGGCCCGUCAUUCCGCUCUGCCCCUGGGUCCUGCUUUGGUGUCUCGUGGCCUCCGCAGCGGCCAUUGACCCCGACCUGGUGGGCGACUACUGUGCCGCCCGUAGGGACCCCUGCUGCCGUGGCCGCAUGGACGACUGCUCGGUUCCCAUUCUGGGGACGCUCUGUUACUGCGACGUCUUCUGCGAGCGGCCAGGCAACGGAGACUGCUGCCCCGACUACCCGAGGGUGUGCAAGGGCAUCGUCGAGCCCCCACCACCACUGGUCCUCCUCGAGUGCAUCGUCGACGGUGUGCGGUACUACGAGAACCAGACGGUCAACGUCGACUGCAACAGAUGCACGUGCCGCAAAGUGUCGGACCGCCACGCCCAGCUCCAGUGCGAAGACCGGGUGUGCAUCAACAGGCCGGAGCUGAUCAGGCAGAUCAACGAGGGCAACUUCGGCUGGAAGGCGACAAACUACUCGUUCUUCCAAGGCAAGCUCCUGGACGAAGGCAUCCGCUACAGGCUCGGCACCCACCAACCAGAGAGACCGACUGUGGAGAUGAGCGAGCUGCACCUGAAGAAGCGCGAGCUGCUGCCCGAGGAGUUCGACGCCCGCAUCCGCUGGGCGGGCCUGGUUCACGGGGUGAGGGACCAAGGGGACUGCGCCUCCUCCUGGGCGUUCUCCACUGCAGCUGUGGCUUCCGAUCGGCUGUCGAUCCAGUCCCGAGGCGUGGACAAGGUGGAAGUGUCCCCGCAAGACCUGAUGUCCUGCCUCAACGGGGGACGCCGAGUCGUCUGCCAAGGUGGACACGCUGACCGCGGCUGGAGGUUCCUCGUCAACUACGGUGGCGUAGCCGAGGAGUGCUACCCGUACGAAGGCGCACAGAACAAUGCCAGCGCCACCUGCCGCAUCCCCCGGCGACGCAUCCCUACCGAAGACGCACAGUGCCCCACGGGAAGGACGGACCAGAAGUACUUCUCCACUCCGCCUUACAGGGUGCCCGCUAACGAGGAAGACAUUAUGCAGGAGAUCUACGCCAACGGUCCUGUCCAAGCACUGAUCCUGGUGAAGGAGGACCUCUUCCUGUACCGCUCGGGAGUCUACAAGCACACGCGCAUCUCCGAGUCCCUGCCACCUGAGUUCCGUAGGAGCGGAUGGCAUUCAGUUCGCAUUCUCGGAUGGGGUGUCGACAGGUCUCACUACCGGCCAGUCAAGUACUGGCUCUGCGCCAACUCUUGGGGCCACGCCUGGGGCGAGAACGGCUACUUCCGCAUCGUGCGGGGCGAAGACGAAAGCCAGAUCGAGUCCUUUGUGCUGGCCGUGUGGGGCCGCAGCUAUGCCUCCUACUACCGGCAGCAGGGGUCGGGGCCACGGGAGCGCGAGUAUGACGGAUACCCCGGCGGCUACCCUGGCUAUCCGCCCAACGAGCUCAGCUAAACCCCACCACCCACCUUCCACCAUCGCAGUGCGUUCAUGCCUUUAUGUGCCUCCAUUUCGCACUAAACGAGGGCUGGAUAGCGCAUAUGUACACUUCAUCGAAACUGACUGCAAAUCAUCGCGCAUGCAUUCAAAAGUCUGAACCACCACACUAACACUAGAAAACCUUCCAUUGCGACAGAAAUGUGCCACUUAGCGGAACAAUGAUGUUAGGUUAUUUAAUAAACUGUGCCUGGAAUUGCUUUUCAUGGGCUUUUCUCAAAUUUAAAUGUUUCACCUUCAUGUGCCAAAGCUUCUCAUUGUACGCAUGAAAUGCAAGCCAUGCGUUCCUAGGCAGAUGUUUUGUGCAAAAGCACAUAAAGUAGACCGAGUUAUGGUGGCUGCAAACAACGAGACUGCAUUUUCAUUACUCUAGGUGCUGCUGAACAAUAUGUUGCUGUGACACAAUAGGUUGAAACCAUCCGAGCGAUUUAUGCCCUCCAGCCAGCCUCCAUGAAAUUUGAUUCUGACAGAGCCACAGAGUUCUCAAUGUUCUUGAAUUCUUGCUCUAACACAGCACAUCCACAUAUGUGCAGCAAGGUAUGUCUAAUAUGGUCACAUACUGUAACAAGGAAUGUGCCAUUGUGAGUUUUAUUUUGCUAAUAGUUUCAACCUUGUCAACCAUCUACUACUUCAUUGUCCAUGCUGUACAACAAGGUCACACUAGAAAGCAUGCAUUACAUGUACUUGCACAAUAAGCAAUACAAACAAUGUGUUCACGGUCAGGUCUACCACCUUUUGGUAACAUAAGACUUCCCGUGUUAUGUUAUCUCAUGUAGCUGUUUCAUUUUUUUGGUAUUUCAGGCAAUGCAUUUGAAUUCUAUGUAACAUUACCACAAUCUUUUCUUGCUUCGUUUAUUUACAAGAUGUCAGAAAUUUCAUUCUUGCCAGCUUAUGCUGACAUUCAGUGUUUCAAGAGUGUUUGCAUUGUUUACAUCCUGGCCUCAGGCCUGUUUUACGAGCUGUACACAUUUUUCGUAGGUAAAUAAAUGUAUCACUGCCAAUGCACUAUCACUACAAAA